GUCUCAUUUGUUUGACGUUUUCACUGUUCAGCCGUGUGAUAAAUCGCGUUUUAUGUUGUAACACAAACAAUUAUCACGGAUUCAACAGUUUAAUCAAUCUGGUAACCUGGGUUGUGGUAUAGAAAUGUUGUUUUUCUAGUGUCAAAAUUAAAAUUGAAUAGAAACAAGAUAAGAAACUUUGGUUUAUUUUGAUAACACGGUAUUUCUGGAGUUGUUAUUCGAAAGAGUCGUUGUGGUGUGUUGGCGUUGUUGUUUGAAAAUAUGCAAUAUAAUUAUAGCGGCACUCAAGACUUGAAAAUUUAACAAAAGUAGUUCAGAGUUUGAUAAUGUUUCGAUUGGUACGGAAUUGUGCGACUACAUUUGGCCGGCGAGUGCCGUUGGCUACUGAAAAUUUACGGUCACAGUCACCCAAAUUGAAAUUUAUCGGGUCAUUUGUGGUUGGCACCGGUAUUGCGACAUAUCUCUCAGUAACAUGUGUUCAUUUGGAGUCAAAGAAAAAAUUCAAUUUCAAGCAGUAUUUGGCCGAGCCAAUUACCGAUGUCGACAAAUUGACAGCCCAUCCGGAUGAUAUGAAAACGCGCAUGGAAUUAUUUAUUAUGAAAAUCCAAACGGAUUUUGUGCAUUCACUGGAAAAUGAGGAGAAUUUUGGCAAACGAUUCAUUGUGGAUCGAUGGCAACGCAAAGAGGGUGGUGGCGGUAUAACAUGUGUUUUACAGGAUGGUGAUGUAUUUGAGAAGGCCGGCGUCAAUAUUUCAGUGGUGUCUGGCACACUUCCAGCGGCAGCUGUGCAACAAAUGCGUUCACGUGGCAAAAACUUAGGCGAAGGACCAUUACCAUUCUUUGCAGCCGGCGUUAGCGCUGUCAUUCAUCCCAGAAACCCAAUAAUUCCGACCAUUCAUUUCAAUUAUCGCUAUUUUGAGGUCGAUGACACGAGCACGGGCCAAAAACAGUGGUGGUUUGGCGGUGGAACAGAUCUCACACCAUACUAUUUCAAUGAAGCUGACACCGUUCACUUCCACGAAACACUAAAGGCAGCUUGUGAUGAACAUGACGUUACCUAUUAUCCAAAAUUCAAGAAAUGGUGCGAUAAGUAUUUUCGUAUCCCACAUCGUGGAGAGUGUCGUGGAGUUGGUGGAAUUUUCUUUGACGACAUUGACACACCAUCACAAGAAGCCGCCUUCAACUUUGUACAGUCAUGUGCAAACGCUGUUAUCCCAUCUUAUUUGCCUAUUGUGGGAGCACAUAAGAACGAAUUCUAUGGUGAUCGAGAGCGUCAAUGGCAGUUAUUGCGACGUGGUCGUUACGUUGAAUUCAAUUUGAUUUAUGAUCGUGGCACAAAGUUUGGGCUAUAUACACCAGGCGCUCGCUACGAAAGUAUUUUAAUGUCGUUGCCUUUGUUGGCGAAAUGGGAGUACAUGCACGAGCCACCGAAAAAUUCCGAUGAGAGCAGAUUGCUGGAGAUUCUUCGCAAUCCAAAAGAUUGGAUUCCAAUCGAUGAGGCCGAAGGAGUGGGAGAAAAAGAAGGGAAAAAAGAAUCGAGUUCAUAGAUUUCUGAGUGAAUUGAACAAAAAUGGCAAAUGGGUUUUUAAUGCGAAUGUUAUUUUUUUUUAUAAUAAUAGAAUUUAUUACGAAUUUAAACUGUUUGGAAAUAAAAAAUAUAAAUUAUAUACAUUCGAAA